AAAUCAUGUGAUAAUGCAGGUUUCGAUAACGCGAUUUCCUAUAAUGCAUAACGAAUCCCCACAUUGUAUGGGACUCUACUGUACAUUAAAUUUCUAUCUUUGAAUGUUACUUUAAAUAAUGUAAGAUAGAUUGUAAUAAUUUAUGGUGUAACUAAUUAUUAACAUCAAGUUUGAUUUUUUGAUAAAAAUGUAUUUUUAGGCAAAAAAAGCAUAUGAAAAAGCUUUUAAGGAUGCUGAAAAAGCUCAUGACAAUUUUCAAAAAGCUGAUGCAGAUUUAAACUUGUCAAGAGCUGAAGUAGAAAAAGCCAGAACAGUUUUAACUACUAAAAUACAGGCUUGUGAAGAUAGUAAAACAGAAUAUGCUAAUCAACUUCAAAAAACAAAUGAUUUACAACAUCAGCAUUAUUAUGAACUUAUGCCUAGUGUUUUUCAGCAAUUGCAAGAUAUGGAUGAGAAAAGAAUUACUGCUGCUCAAAAUUUUAUGAAGCAAACAGCUGAUAUUCAGCGGCAAGUAUUUCCUAUAAUUAAUCAAUGUUUAGAUGGAAUGAUUAAAGCAGCAGAAUCUAUAGAUCCAAGACAGGAUUCCCUUUUAGUGAUAGAAAAGCAUAAAACAGGAUAUAUUCCUCCAGAAGAUUUUGGUUUUGAGGAUCUCAAUAAUCAAAAAUCAUCUGAUAGCACAUCAAAUACUACUCCUGUAUCAACUUUAAAGUCUGAAACAAUAAAAGGAACAUAUUCUGCAAAUAAACAAAAGAAAAGAGGGGGAAUAUUUGGCAUUUUUAGUUCAAAUAAACAUCAUAUUGAUGAUUCAAAAGAUGAUUAUAGUGAUUUACCUCCUAAUCAAAGGAAAAAGAAACUUCAGCAAAAAAUUGAACAUAUAAAUAAUCAGAUUCAGCAAGAAUCUGCAACAAGAGAAGGAUUGAAGAGGAUGAAAAAUGCAUAUGAACAGAAUCCAGCCUUGGGUAACCCUCAUAGUCUAGAGGGUCAGUUGGUUGAAAUUGGGUAUAAAUUAGAAAAACUGCAAUCAGAGUUACAGAAAUAUCAGACAUACCUAACAGAAGUAACAGGUAAAGCUCUGACUCCAACUACUCAAAAAAGAAGUAGAAGCAGUAUAUCUGAAGAUUCAUUAUCUAGAAGUGCAUCAGAUUCAAGUGUUACUUAUCCAAACAACAAAAAUGCCACUCUGGGAGCACUCCCUCCCAAUGGUCCUGAAAGUGGUCUUGGAACCAGUCAUCCUAGUUUACCUGAUGCAGAUGGUGAGACAGAUGUGAAUGCAGAUGGUGAACCUGAAUAUGACAAUGGGGAGAACCAAGAUUUUGAUCUGGAACCACUGCCUGUAUUAGGGACAGCAAGAGCAUUAUAUCCUUUUGAAGGUAAAUGAUAAUUAUCACAAUUAAAAGAUUGAAUAUAAUUAAUUAAUUUAUAUUCUACCAAA